AAUAUUACCAAGGUAGAUGUACUCUCUGACAUUUGAUGAAUUGUUAACGUAUAAUAAUAAGUAACGAUAAUUCUGUAUCAAUACGCAAUUUUGUUUUCGUGCAUAGUCUUGUAUUAUAUCUACUAUAAAAACGAAAUGGAGAAAAUCGUUGAUACAAUAAGUAAAAAGAUACUUACUGCGAAUAAAUACAAUGAUUUCUUUAACGAAUACAAAUCCCUAUCUACAGACGAGGAGCGUAUAAUAUUUACUCUUAAAAUUAUGUCAAAAUAUGAUAUAAUUCCUACAGUGUGUGGUGAUGUAAAGAAUAUAAAGGAAUCAGAGAAAUUAAGAGAACAGGGUAACAAGGUAUUUGUUUCUAUACCGUUGACAAGUGAUUCUUGCCUAGAAGCUUUAAAACUAUAUACUAAAAGUAUAGCGUACGCUCCUUAUCCAUCCGAGCAGCUUGCUUUAGCAUAUGCCAACAGAUCUGCAGUUUUACUGGUAGUACAUAAAUAUAAGGAGUGCAUUCAGGAUAUAGAUAGAGCACUUGCUUUAACAUAUCCAAAUAACUUAAAAGCUAAGCUUUAUAUAAGAAAAGUUGAGUGUUUGAAGGUUUUACAGCAUCCUAACACAGAAAACACUAUUAAAGAAGCACAACAGUGGUUGGAAAAAAUGUCUUUAAAUGAUAUUAAUUGUAAGAAAUUAAAUGACAAACUUAUUUGUAUAAAAAAGAUGCCAAAAUUAUGUAAUUCAAAGAUAGAAAGUGACAAGAAACAUAAGAGUGAAUCUCCUUUUCCUGAAAUAAAGACUCGUAAUACAGAAAUUCCUUGUGCUUCUGAUGCAUUAACUUUGAAGUACAAUGAACAAUAUGGUAGGCAUGUUGUAGCUAAUCGCAAAAUAAAUCCUGGCGAAGUAAUUGCCAUAGAAAAGCCAUACUCGUUAAUCAUAAGUCCUGACAAUAUUCACACACAUUGUUCAAAUUGCUUAGAGAUAUCUUGGGCUAAUAUACCCUGUAACUACUGUACUUAUUCUAUGUAUUGUUCAGAAGAAUGUAAGGCUUCAGAGUGGAAAAAAUAUCAUGACUUGGAAUGCUCUGUAUUUCCUUCUAUAUGGAAGAUGAGUUUUAACAAAUUAGAUUUAUUCAGCGUAAGAUUUACCAUACAGAAUGUGAGAGAAAGCAUAAAUAUACAAGAAUUAAAAGAUGAAAUAAAAGAAAUCGACAGCUGCGAUGAUCCACGUACGAAAGGUUUCUCUGAAAAUGGAAUCUUUGAGAGCAGUAAAUAUAGAAGUUUAUUAAGUCUUGUGACCAAUACUGAGAAACGUUCAGUACAGGAUUUGUUUAGGAAAUCUCUGGAUGCUUGUUUUAUUUUGUACUUUCUGGCAACUUGUAGUAACAUGUUUGGUGGUCCAUUGAGAAAAGAUUUGUCUGCAUUAAUAGAAAACCCUGAUGUUACGUUCAUUGGUAGUCUUAUAUUAAGACACCAGCAGAUAAUUCCUAGUAAUAUGCACAGUUUUUCAGAAAUGCGUGGAUUGGACUCAGCUGAACGCGGUCUUGCGGCUCUGCCAUUUUUCAGUUUGAUUAAUCACAGUUGUGAGCCAAAUAUACUAAGACACUCGAGGUCUAAGCAUGCAAUUAUGUUUGCUGUGUAUCCCAUUGAGAAAGGUGAACAGAUAUAUGAUAAUUAUUCUUACCACUUUGCAAUUGAUCCAAAAGCUACAAGGCAAAAAGAACUUCUGAGGCAGUAUUACUUUAACUGUGAUUGUGUUCCGUGUCGCGAAGAUUGGCCUUUAUUUUACAAUGUAAAAUUGUUUAGUGAUUUGGUCAAGAAAAAAGAAGAUGUGGUUAAAAUUACUCAUGCAUUAGGGAAAUUAACUAAAUAUGUCAAUAUUGCUACUGAAGGAAACAUUUUGAAUAAGCGUUGCAUGAUAAAUGACUUAGUAAAAAUGAUCGAAGUUUUAUACUAUUCGGUGCCAAGGCCCUGCCAGGAAAUGUGUAGUGUGGUAGAAACUUUAAAACACGUCUAUGACUUGAGUGGAAACUCAUUUGAAGUUCCUAAACUUUAAAAGUAUUUUGUAUAAUUCAGUAUUGUCCUUUUUACGAAAAAUAAAUGUAUAGUUUUUGAUUACUUUAUUCUUUUGUAAUAUUGUUGUUUUCAUUUUUUAAACGGAUUUCGAAACGACUAC